GCCUUCAGUAGCAGCAGCCCCUCAUUUCUCACUACAGCACCUCAGGAGCACACUGGCAGUCAUGUGACGGUCAUAUAGUACAACUCGGUGAGCGAUCAGUCCAGACGUACGCUGCUGCUGCUGCUGCUGUAUGGAGAGCCUCAAGGUUAAAUCCUGCUCCGGUUACACACUGCGGAUAUAAAUAAGCCCCCCGCGCCUUUUGCAUUGGGAAUGUAUUUGCUUUGAGAGAAGUGUAUCCUGACUGGAGACCUUGGAUGUUUCGUUUACUUUUUCCACUCUGAGAGAGAACGCCAGGUGUUUCACUAUCCCACACGUUUGGGAAAAGUGACCUUGGUGACCUGGGUGUGUUUGGCCUGACUUUCUCUGAAUCUAACACGAAACUGAGGUUUGGCACUAGCCAGGAAUGGUAGAUAACUUUCCUGCGAGCAAGGAGAUUUUUCUUCCUCACAGUGGCUCUCCACCGACCUACUGGCUGUCUGACAUGGUGACAGUCCUGGGGUCCUACCAGGUCAUGCCGUCACCGCUUUCGGAGGACGACCUGAGCGAAUCGUCCAGCCCUCGUUCCUGCUCCAGCCCAGACUCCCAAUUGCUCAGCUCAAGCUAUGGCAGCAACUCCAGUGCUGAGAGCCAGGAUAGCAUCCUGGACCACCUGCUGUCCCAAGCCUCUUUAGGAGGUGCCAACAGUGUCCCGGCAGGGUCUGUGACACCUAUACCUUUAUCCACUUUGCUCUGGGACUCAAGGAGAGAUGAGCCCUCCAAAUGUGGGCCUGUGAAGGAGGAACAUUUAGAUUUUCUCAACUGGUCCAAUGUGAAGACAGAAGAAGGACUUGUAGGGUCCUUUCAGCCCACUCUGGAAGAAAUUGAAGAAUUCCUGGAGGAGAAUAUGGAUGUGGUGACAAUGAAGCAGGAGAUCCGAGAGGGUUGCUCAGAGAUGGGAGUGGGACUGGAGGAAGCUCUUGGUCUAGACGUUGGUCUGGAGUGGUGCAGGGAGGCAUCCUCUGAUUAUAAGGUAGAAUCAGAGACAAAGUAUUCAGACCAAACUGUCCCAACCUCCAGCAACACUGACCUGGCCACUGGUGCCUCCAGUGAGACCAAAGCUACAUUAGUUAACUCCACACAUGAAUCCAGAACUGGGACCAAGUAUACACCAGUCAAGAAACCUUCAUCAGGGGACAGUGGAAAGCCUGUCGUCCUACAGAUUCAGCCCCUUCAAAUCAAGCAGGAGCCCACAGUGGUACCUCUUGCCCCAGUAGCAGAGCCACCACAGCCUCCCCCAGCAACAGACGUCAAAAUUGCACAGUUGCUAGUCAACAUCCAAGGUCAGACAUUUGCGCUUGUGCCCCACAUCGUGCCAUCACCUAACUUUAACAUCUCCUCCAAGUUUGUACGCAUUGCUCCUGUCCCAAUCGCAGCCAAGCCGCUGGGGCUUGAGGAUUGCUCAGCCAGCCAGGGUUCGGGGAUUCUUGUUGGAGGUCAAAAGUUCCAGAAGAAUCCAGUGGCAGAUCUGAUCAAAAUGCACAAAUGCACCUUUCCUGGCUGCACCAAGAUGUACACCAAGAGUAGCCACCUCAAGGCACACCUGAGGAGGCACACGGGGGAAAAGCCUUUCGCCUGCAACUGGCAGGGCUGUGGAUGGAGGUUUUCACGGUCGGAUGAGCUGUCCCGACACCGGCGGUCCCACUCAGGGGUCAAACCCUACCAGUGUCCUGUAUGUGAGAAGAAGUUUGCCCGCAGCGACCACCUGUCAAAACACAUCAAAGUCCACCGUUUUCCACGAAGCAGUCGGACAGUUCGUGCAGCAAACUGAGGCCCUGCUCGCGUCACUGGGAUCUCUGGGAACCCCGGGAAUGCUUGAUCACUCUCAUACAGACAUAAACCGAAUGAGCAGUGUGGGAGUGGAAAUAAGUCUUGCUUUUCAUUUCAGAAGUCUGUGAUUGUUCUAAUUUAUUGUAUCAAAGCCACAAGCCCAAACAGUUGACCAUCCUGUCUGUAUUAAGCUGGAUGUUAUCGCUGUUGGUAUGUUUGUCCUGUCUUUAUCUCCUGCCCCAGCAGAAGAUAAGACAUUCAGUCUGGAUUAUGUGGUAGACUUGGUAAUAGCCUUGUCUGUCCACUCUACCUGGAUAAAAACAACUGCCUUUAUCGUCCUGAAAGCUGCCAACGUCUUGCACAUUCCUCAUGUUAUGCAAUGUAAAGGAAGUGUGACUCAAGUUCACUGGGAUCCCCAUUAGUUACUAUCAGAGUCAGAAUUACUCUCUCUGGGCUUCUCAGGCCUGUGAGGGGUCUUUGUCCUACUUUUGACUCUGCUUACAUUUUUACGGUAACUUUGAAAACCUGCUGAGACUCAAGAGUGAGAAUGACACAGCAACACAAGAAAUGCAAAAAGAAAAACACAACUCAAAGGCUAAGCGCACAGUGAUUGUCAAAUCAGCCUUCUGAUUAGUGUUAGGUGUUCUUUGUUGUCCUUUUAUUAAGCUAUCAUAUGUACCUACAUGCUGGUCUUGUAUUUUUAUCAAUUUUCUGGCCUUACUGUACCACAGAGCCAAAUGGUUUUGAAAAUCAGGCUUUUCAGUGUUUUCCACAUGUUAAUCAGGUGACUGGUGAAAUGGUCUCAUGCAGUGGCCCGUGUCCUUCUGUGCACAGCCACAGAACUGAAUAUUUCAGUCUGCCAUCAGUAUUUGAACAAUAUUUUUCUAUCGACUUGACACAAAAGCUGCCUCAGCUCUGCUUUAUCUGUUAAUGGAGCGACUUGGAAGGCCUUCCACCUCAGCUGAGGUGACAUCAGAGGACACACUACACACCAUGGUGCUGAACUACCAGGAGGACAAGCUUCUGGGAAAAUGUAGUCACAACCACCUUCUCGAGGCCAUGACACACCUUCAAAUGCCCCAAAUGCUGUCAAAUAUUGUUUUCUAUGUGUAGCACACCCCGCUGUGAAUAUGUAAGGGAGUGACGGUGCCGUCCAUCGAAGUUCAUGUAUUUAAGGGGAAAACAAGCAGGGGCACAUAGUGCAUCAUUCCUUUCAUUCAAUUUUUUAAUUGUCAAUGCUUGUGCCAACACAGGUGUUUUAUCGCAUCCUAUGAAUGUAUGUAAAUAUGCAGGAGUGACCAUCGAUGCAUCCGGGAAAAGACACAGAGACUAUUCUGAUACCAUAUCUUAAAACAAAUGAGUGCUUGUGAAGAUUUUUUAGUUUAAACCUAAAUGUGUACAUAAAUUAACAUUUCAGUACAUAUGAAUAUAUUAUAUAUUUUUUCUUUGUCCUAUCCAAGAUGCAUUUACCAAUAAAAGUGAAA